AUGGUUGCUACUCAGCAGCCACGCACGACGCCGCUCUCGGCAGGCGAUUUCUCUAAGCGGCAGUUCGACUUCGUCGUCGUCGGCGGUGGCACUGCCGGUCUGGCCGUCGCCGGCCGCUUGGCCGCAGCGGACCCCUCACUCAGCGUUGGCGUCCUCGAGGCCGGCGGCGUAUCCCAUGGCGAGAACGACAUCGACAUCCCGGCCUUCUAUGGUCGCGCCCUUGGCGGUCGCCAUGACUGGCGCUUUGAGACCGAGCCCCAAGCUGGACUCGGCGGGAGGACGCUGCCGUGGCCCAGGGGCAAAGUUCUCGGUGGAACGAGCGCACUCAACUUCAUGACGUGGAAUCGCGCGAGCAGGGACGAUUACGACGCAUGGGAGGCUUUGGGCAACGUCGGAUGGGGAUGGGAUGAUCUGCUGCCAUUCUUCAAAAAGUCUGAAACUUUCCAUGCCCCAAGCAAGGAACUUGAGCAAGAAUACGACGUCACCCACGAUGCCAGUUCUUUCGGGACUUCGGGUCCCAUUCAAGUCUCGUACUCCACCGACUACUCGCCGUCUCAUAGCAGGUGGCACCAGACGCUCAAUGCGCUCGGCGUGAAGACCAAUUCAGCCCACGUCGCCGGCUCCAAUGUCGGUGUCUGGACCAACGUCAACGCCGUCGAUCCGCGGACGGCGAGCCGCUGCUACUCGACGAGCUACUGCUCAUCGCCCGCGGCAAACUUGCACAUCCUGACCGAGGCCACGGCCCAGGAAGUCAUUCUCAAUGACAGUUCAGGCACACACGUCGCCACAGGUGUUCGUUUCACGCACCGCGGCGAGGAAUAUGUUGUUUCGGCGACACGCGAGGUGAUACUGUCAGCCGGCAGCGUCAAGUCACCUCAGCUCCUCGAGCUGUCUGGCAUCGGUAACCCUGCCGUGCUUGACAAGGCGGGUGUGCCUGUCGAAGUCAACAGCCCCCAAGUGGGAGAGAAUCUCCAAGAUCACCUCAUGCUGGCGAUGAUCUUCGAGGUCGAUCCCUCGUUGGAUAACCCCGACAAGCUCAAGUCGGACACGUCCCUCGCGGAGAAGGCUAUGGAAAAAUACCUGAAGGAUCGUAACGGUCCUCUAACCGUGCUGCCUUGUUCCAUUACGUAUGUUCCGCUCAAGCACUUUGCUUCGGCAGAGUAUCUGGCUUCGCUAUCCGCCAAGGCGGCGAGCUUGAGCACGGGCACCGCGGACAAGCAGGCCAUUCUGCGCAAACGUCUGGACGGCACUGCCAAUCUCGGGCAGAUCGAGUACAUUUUUGACCUUGGUAACUGGAGCACCUUCUUCAAGGGCGAAGACGGCAAGCAGUACGGCACGAUGUUGCAGAUCCUUCAGUAUCCCUUCUCGGUCGGGUCCAUCCACAUCCGCCCUGGUAGCUCCGGAAAGGCUACGGCGGAGGACAAGCCCAGCAUCGACCCUGCGUACUAUGCGGGCGAGCACGGCGGACUUGACGUUGAGGUCAUGAAGGAGUGCGUCCGGUUCGCUAGCAGCAUUGCUUCGACCUAUCCGCUGGCUGGCAUCAUCCGCCAGCCAGCCUCCCCCGAUGCGUCGACCUUGAGGAGCGAGGCCAAGCUUCGAGAGUGGAUCGUGCGCAACACGAUCACGGAUUGGCACCCCGUGGGAACGUGCGGCAUGGGCGGGCGAAAGGGCAUUGAAGGCGGCGUCGUGGAUCAGCGACUGCGCGUGUACGGCGUGCGAGGGCUCAGGGUGGUAGACGCGAGUGUCAUGCCGCUCCAGAUCAGCGCCCACUUGCAGGCCACGGUCUACGCCAUAGCCGAGAAGGGAGCGCAUAUGAUUCUGGAGGACCUGACCACAUGA